AUGGCCAUCUCUCUCACUUCAGCCCUGAAAACCUCCCAGCUCUCUCUCUCUCCAUCUCACUCGCUCUUCACAACACAAAGGCCGCGACCCAGGAUCGCCAUCUCAUGCCAAUCAUCAUCAUCAUCAUCAGCGACCAGGUCGGUACGUGAAAAUGGCUCCAACUACUACGAGCUGCUUUCACUGAACCCUAGCAACACGAGCGCCGAUGACGUCAAGAGAGCGUACAGAUCGCUGGCGCGCCAGUAUCACCCGGACGCGUGCCGCGACCCGUCGAUGAAAGAAGAGUCGACGAGGAUGUUCCUCCGGCUUCACGAGGCUUACGAGACGCUGUCUGACCCCAGGUCGCGCCAAGUAUAUAACUGCGAACUUGGCCUGAGCUCGACCGUAUCUUGGACAUCGCCAUGCAGUGCCGUCGAUGGUAAUAGUUUAUUUACGAGCGAUGAUCAGGAGAUGUUGAGGAGUAGGUGGCAAGAUCAGAUCGUUGAGCUGAAGAGGAGGUCAAACAAUCGGAUGGCUCAGAAGAACGGGUCGUGGGCCGCGCAAAAACGCGCUCACAACCUCCGGAGAGAUUAA